UUCGUAGUGGUCGCGUGUUUUUAUGUUUGAAGGAGGGAACUUUAAUAAAUUCGUACUGGUCCUGUUUUUAUAUUCAUCGGAAAAAAGUACAGCGAUUCUUAUUAAGUAAUAAAAUGACUAAACUGGAUCGUUUGAACACUUUUAUGACGGAGCGCCUAAUGGAGGCGGUGAAGGAGAUCAUCCUCACAGUCGGCAGGACUGUACGGGAGUAUGAAGAGGAAACCGAGCGAAUCCGAACCGAAAACGAACGGCUAAAAGAAAUGUUACGGGCUACAGGAUGCUUCCCUGAACAAACAAACGCAGCUCUUCAGUCCUGUCAGCCUGUUUCUCCUGCACAGCCUAGACCGAUUCCCAGCCAGAAAGAAGAACUUGAAUAUCUUGAAAAGAUCCAUCAAAACCAGUGGCAGACACAUCUCGAACAACAAAUAAAAUCAGAAGAGCCUGCAUGCUCCGUCAACGCUUACCAAGAAUCUGCAGCUUUGCCAUUGAUAGUUGACAACAAGGACCCGUAUGCAUCUGACACAAAUCCUGCUGAUGAUGAUGAAAUUACAGACUUUCCCAAAAAGAUUAAAGUUGAAAUAAACAGCUUGUGUUCAGGCGACGAUAUAAGAAACACUGAGGAUGCAUAUCAGAGUUGGUCACCGCAUAGUCCAGACCUCCCUUUAGGGACGGCGGACUUCCACAGAUCACAGCACCCAAGUCAACCCACACACACUACCAAUGAAACUCCUGCCACUUUAUCCCAGCAUAGCAGUUUAUCGGAUGGUGCUCAUCACUUGCCCUAUCACAACAUAUUAUGUACCAACAGUUCCAAAUGUAACAGUAAAUGCUGUGAAAUGCAAAAAAGGACAAUAGCCAAAUCUAGCCCUGUAUGGAAGUAUUUUUCGCUCAAACAGGGCGAUUGUAGCAAAGCAGUUUGCCUUAUGUGUAAAGCUGUUAUAUCACGUGGCCGCAAAGAGUACACCACUUCAGCUCUUUUAAAACACCUUCGGAUGAAACAUGGUAAAUGUUAGCAUCAUUUGUUAUUUGAAUGUUAAGUAUGUGUGUGCUGUAUUAAAUUCAGAGGGAAGUCA